CCUGUUUACAAGAUUGUUUACAAAUAACACUGAAGUUAUUGAUUUCUUGUUAAUUGCAUGCAAAUAUAUUGAUGAAGAAUGACUAAACCUGAUGACAAUUGUAGUUGAACUCCCUUUGAUAUAAGUCUAAUGCAGAAUGUCAGUAAGGGAAGUCAAACUCUGUUUGCUGGGGGAGUCGGGAGUUGGCAAGUCGAGUAUUGUACUGCGCUUUGUGAGAGACCAAUACAAGGAGAACCUGGAGAGCACUAUAGGUGCCUCUUUCAUGACGAAGCAGGUUGUGUUGGAUGGUAAGACAUACAUCUUCCAGAUCUGGGACACAGCGGGCCAGGAGAAGUACAGAUCUCUUGCGCCUAUGUACUACAGAGGGGCAGCUGCAGCAAUUGUGGUUUACGAUGUGACUAGAGAAGCAUCGUUUCCUGCAGUGAGGGACUGGAUUAGGGAACUUCAGCGGGCUGCAUCUGGCAACAUUGUCCUCGCGAUAGCGGGAAACAAGUGUGACCUCUCCGACCUACGGGAGGUGUCCAAACAGAAAGCCAAGGAGCUUGCUGAGGAACUUGGAGCCAUUUUUACUGAAACCAGCGCGCUGACGUCGGCCAAUAUACAGACCCUGUUUGAGGAGAUAGCACGCAGACUACCAGCAAAUGAUAUGCUCAUGUACAGCGACAGCAUGGCCUCCAACAUUCACCUGCGUAAUUCCCAUCGCAUAACGGAGGAUCGAAGGAAAAAGUCGUCCUGCUGUGCAACAAAACCUCCGCCCCAACGGUCUUAUAGCGUCACAUGACCAAAUGACUAGAAAGUGCUUAUGCAUUUAGUAUAUGUAGUGUUCCUUGUAUAUUGUCUGGUGUUUUGCUGAUUCAAAACGAAUGAGCAGCGUAAUGUGGAAAUGGGUCUUAUGCCAGAUUCGGCCGGCGUAGCUCCAGACCAGACUGGGCAUUUGCAGGAGCUACCGUGUCUGCUAAUGUGACAACAAAACCUUGCUUGAUUUUAUAGCAGACAGGGUAGUGCCUAACAAGACUGUGCCAAUGCACAGACUAGCCUGGAGCUAUGCUGACUGCAUCUGGUAAAAAACCUAUUUUCACAUGAAGCAGCUUAAAUGAAACAAUCAAAGUUCAUACUUUUUUUACAGAGAGCUUAAUGUGUUGUUUUUUUUUCAUUAUAUGAUACUCAGAUUUUUCUUUGUAUUUAUCUGAAAUUUCUGAAUUGAUAUAUGGUCACUUUAUAAAAUUAAGUGUUUAACAUAUCUUCGACAUUUACUAUUUUAUCUGUGUAAUCCCAUUUUUGGUGAGGUUGCUUGUCAAUUUGUUUUUACCAAGGUAUUGAACUAGACUCAGUUUUGAUGCAUUUCUUUUUUAGUUGUGUUAAACCUUAAAUAACUUUCGAUGUAAAGAAGCAAGGAUUACACAUUCUGAACUUAUAUUUUCAUAUUAUAAUAUACUUACAUAUAGAUUAUGUAUAAAACAUAACAUGAAAUGAAUCAAACGUCUGUACUGUUUAAACAGUAAAUUUUUCUUGACAUUGGGUUAUUCGUGUAAUUGUAUAUUAUUAUAUUAUAAAAACCACCAGUAAAUGUCAAUGAAUUAAAGUAUCAGUUUAAUUUAUUGUACUUAAUCCUCGUACAAAUACAUGUUUGUAAAAAUUGAUUGUCUUUAAACUAUAAUAAAAUUAUAAGUCUUUAUUGACAAAAAGUCAAAUAAAUUAAUUUGAUCUUAUUAUCUUAUUUAGCUUAAACCAGUAAUUUAUAGUUUUGUUGAUAUAUGGUAAUACUUAUGUUGGUCCUAAGAUCUUAAACUACCUUUAUGUUGUGAGUUUUAAUCUAAAAUGAGUGCGUAUUUUGCUGUAAUUAGUUUUGUAACUGAUUUUCUUUUUACUUUUUUUCCAUGUCAUGUUUAAGCUUGUAUACUUGUCCAACUACAUGUAUAUUGAUAGUUCAUAUAUGUACAAAGUUUCUUGGUUGAUACAUUGUGUUUUUGUAUGGACAAGGAUUUUGUUGUAAGAUAUAAUGUCUCACAUCAAUCACAAAAUGUUAAUAGCAGCACACAACAGAAAGUUUAUGCAUAUAAAUUGAACAAUUCCAGUUCAUUGUUAUAUAUACAAAACUGAAAUAUAGCCAUCUCUGAUAUUAAUACUUGAUUAAUUUAAAUAAAAAAGGAUAUUUGUCACAUGCUGUUCAUUGUUUCUAGUGAACAGCCAUCCCAAUUAUUUGUAAUCAACAUUCGUUUUAAUUUGAAUAUAUUUUCAAUAACAUGUCGUGAAUUUUUGUUUGCUCCUUUUUUCUUUACUGAUUAUAAGCAUGUUAUUAAUUUUGCGAAACCUCAAAUGACAUCCCAUUAGUUAUCAGCUUUUUAGGUUAAUUAGCAUGUUUUCAUAAAAUUAGAAGUAUUUGUAGUUGAAAAAGAGUUCGAUCAAAACGAUCUGACAUAGGUCGUUAAUGCAUGCCAUAUUUUAUAACAGUUUUUUGUAUGCCAUAUUUUAUCAAAUUUGACCAGAUAUAGAAUAGAAAAGUUAGUAAGCACAUUUUUUUAAUCUUUUUAGAAUUUAAGAUAAGUACCGCAUGAUGCGUAAAUGGGUCUGAUGUCAUAUGUGGCCAGAGUAGCUCCAGCCCAGCCUGGGCAAUGACACAGUCUGAACAGGAGCUACCCUGACCACUAUAAAUUUAUGCACUGUCUUGUGGUCUCAUUAGCGGACAGAGAAGCUCCAGACUGUGUGAAUGCGCAGGCUGGGCUGAAGCUACGCUGGCCACAUAUGACAUCAGACCCAUUUACGCAUCAUGUGGUUCUUAUCUUAAAUUCUAAGGCAUACUACCUGUAUGGUCAUAUGAUUAUUUAAGUUGUGCAAACAUGUAUUCAAUGUGACAUUAAAUAUGAGGGAAUUAACAAAAAUAUAUACCAUGGCUUAACUUAAAUUCUUAUGAGUAAGGAAAAUACAUGUACAUACAUUGACAUUUGAGCUGGUCUCUAGGGAAACCAUGCCUAUUGAAUGCGCCUAAAGUGUUGUCUCAGAUUGGUCUUCGCAGUCCACAAAUGCUUAUCUCUGUGAGGACGAUUUCGUAUUUUAUGGAAUUAUUAGUUUAAAGGAAGUCUCUUAAUCACAAUCACAGUAAAGACUGGGUUGUCCAAGAUUAGCCUUUGCAGACUACCAUAUUGUUGCUAUGGUAACGGACAUGAGAGAAAACCAAACCAAAUAGUAUUUCAUCUGCCUCUUAUCACAAUAUUUAUCUGGUAGCGGACUGCUGCUUUGUCUGUGACAAAGCACUUAUUUUAUUUGUAUUCUUUGAAUAUGCUUUGCACGCAUUAGCUGAACCUUAUUUUGUUGUCAAUUUGUCGACAUUGUUUUGAUAAUAUUACUUAUGUUUAAUAAAAUUAUUGAUUUUACCAAUUAUUUUUGUGCCAUAAUGUACACGGUUAUUUAGCUUGUUAAGUUGAAGUAUGUUUUAUUUGUAAGUCUCUGUCUAUCUUUUAAAAUAACCCAGUUAGGACAGCAUUAAAGAGGUAAUUUCACUGUUUUUAAAACAGUGAAUUACUUGCUUUCAGUCAAGAAUAAUAUUCGUAUUUAAAAUCAUAAAUACAUUCUGUUUAUAAUUUCAAAAAUUAGUUUUAAAGAAUGAAAGCUGAUUGGAUGACAAACUGGCUUAUUGUUAUUGUCAUGUUUGGUAACUAUUUUAUAAAAAUCUCAAACGUGCGCAAAGGUAUGAUCAUUCCGAUUUUGAUUUAAAUUCAACCUUCAACUAUGUUACAUAUUGCUGGCAUAAACGGUGGCAGACUAGUGUCCGGUAUAAUAUAAUUGAUGGAUGAAAACCAUAUACUAUACACCAAAUAGUCGAGCUAAACUCCUACCUCAACAGUCUUCAGAGCUAAACUCCUACCUCAAGAGUCUUUGUGAUGCUAAUCUCCAUAUAAUUUUUUGUUUCCACUACAGGGAUUCAAUGGAAACUUUACACAUGUUGAUUGGGUCAUUAUGUCAGGUCACUCAUCAAGUACCAAGACUCGUACAUGCAAUUUAGUAGAAUUAUGCCCCUUUUGUAAUUAGAAAAUAUAUCUGUAUAUCUUCAACAUAUUCAAAUAACACUUAACACAUGUGUGUAUGUUCUUUAUGAAAAGGCACGUACAUGUGAUCCAACUUUUAGCACGAUUAUGCCACCACGACCUAUAAAAAGCUUGCAAGGUGAAAAGUAUAAUGAAAAAGAUGAUUCCGUGCACCACUGGUUUAUGUAUUAACUACUUCAGAUAUUCAAUUGAAACUGUUCACAUAUUUGGGGACCAUUAUGCAUGGUCGCAUAAUAAUCCACAUAAACAUGACCUGUAAUUUAACAUUUUGGUCAACAAUACUGUUCCUACAAAAAGGAAACCAACUAUGUCUAAAUAACUAUAGUUUAGAGUGAGGUAGUUAGCUUUAAUUUUGUGUGUAAGUAUAAUUUAUAUAAAGACUUCUCAUAUACAUUUAAUUAUAUUCGCCUAAGCUAAUGAAUAAACAUCGCUCUUAUUGAUAACAGUUCAUAUUUAUUUCACAAAUGCUAUUUAAGUACUACAUAUAGUAAACUCCUAAUAUUAAGGUGAGUGACAGAAAAAAACAACAUAAUCCUAUAAAAUCAGAAGAAAUCGUGCGCAUCGUGUUGGGACAGAUCUUUUUAAUGUUUAUAAUCUUGAGCUAUCAGACAUUGUCUCCCUUGACUGUUUAAAGUUUUGAAAUCAAUAACUAGAACAAUUUCACUCUUCUCUAUUGAAUUUUUAAUCAAUAGACGAAUCGAAGCAUGUCCAGUCUUAUGUCUAUUUAUAAUCCGCAUAUUUGUAGUGGGUAUACUUGUAAAUGGAUCAUACUAGAAUUUUAAAUAAAUAUUUACGGCAGCUUAUCUAGCAUAGGAAACUGUGUUGAUGGGACCGUGUUUGGAUGUUUUGUUGACGUUUCUAGCAACAGUGUUUGUUUUUGAGUGUGGGUAUUGUAUAUUUCCAUUACUGAUGUCAAAACGAUUAACGUAUAGUCGGUUAUGUUAUAACGGUUAAAUGGUCGGUCGGCAGGUCAUCCUAAGCGGAGACCUCGACGUCAAGUCGCCGUCGACGUUUAUACGUGGAUGGCGUCCCAAUCCUUGGCGGACGCAAACGGUAGAGCUGGUUCUACAAAAUGGCGUCCAUUACCUUAGCAUAUACGAGAAAAAUACCACGAAGUCGACGAAGUUUGAGGACUUCGAAUUGAAAGAUAUAACAGAGGUGACAAUGGUCCCAUCAAAAACCCACGCGCAUGCGUUUCACAUCGUUUCCGGUGGCGCUCCGAUUAUUGUGUUGUCAGGGGAAACAUCUAUGGUUAGCCGGAAGUGGAUCUGGGCAUUCCGGAAGGCUCUUUUUCCACGGGAGAAUAUAGCUGAAACUAAAAAACUAUUCCUUCGCCUUGUUCCGAAUGCGGACACCACGCGACUCAACCUAGCGCUAGGAAUCUACACUGUGGAAGUAUCCGCGGUCGCCAUGGAGAUGACCUUCACCUCUGACGUGGACCGGGCAUGCACGCCCGUGGUGCCGUUCAGCGCCGUGGUCCCCACCCUCGGUCAAUUGAGGCUGCCCCUCACGACUCUGGGACGGGUGACGGAGCGGGGGAGCGACGAUAACGCGUUGGUUGUCGUGGAAACCAAUCCUGACAUCAGUGAACACGGGGCCUUGUCCUUAUAUUUCGCUACAACAGACGGCAGUCAUGAAUCCCGCUCUAAAGUCAUUUCCGUUUUCAAGAAGGCGCUGUUCCAAGCUACAAACAAUCUUCACGACUGCAUUACAUAUUCUAACUGGGACUUUGACGACCAAUUGUAGAUUAGAUGCUUAAUUUAUAGAAUUUUCUAUAACCUUAACUUUUGCCUUGUCUGUCAGAACCUAUAUAUUUUCAUCAAAAUAAUGAUAGGAAAUCUGUCUCUAAAACACAUACUAUGUGAUGGUAAGUGUUUUUUUCUAAGAUUGUUAUUUAUUCACAGUUAACUGCGAGAUGGCGUAAUUUUCAGAAGCGGAAAAAUGAAAAUAGAAAUUCGUUAUAACGGAUGAAAUUAUGGUAAAGGAAUUGGUUCGAAACAAUGAGUUUUUAUUUUGCGUUAAAUUAAACGUCUUAAGUAUAUAGUUACUAGCAUGUUUUCACUCCGAGGUAUUUCGUUGCUCCUCUUAAUAUAUGACGUCUAUGUGAUUGUGCAUUCCUAUGUAUAUUGCGUACUUCAUAUUUAUUUGUAAAUAGUAUCUUCUGUAAGCACUUUAAACAUUUUGUAAAGUAUGGACAGAACAGACGAGAACAAGAAGUGUUUGUGUGACUAAAGCAUGUACAUCUCAUCGUCACCCACAUACUCGCAAUAAGGCAAACAUUAAUACGCAUGUGUCAGAAAAACAGAAACAAAACACGUGAAAGGACAAACAUGCAAAAAUGUUUUAUAAUUUUUUU